AUGCAUUCCUAUUUAGUUAAUAAUAAAUAUUUAUUACUAAUUAGGAAAGAAAUUAAUGGAUGGGAUCGAGAUAGGGUUAAGGGAUUUUUGCAAACUGUAUUAGGGCUUGGGGGAAAUGUUAUUGACGUAAUAUAUGAUCAAGAGGUCUCUGGUAAAGCCUUCCUUCAUUUGAAUGAGGAACAGCUUACUCGUGAUCCUAGCCCGUACAGACUGAAAUAUGGACCAGCUUCAGCAAUCGCAGAAUUGGUUGAACAAAUUAAAGGAGCCAAUAUGAGACCCCCUGGACGAGUCCACAUUUUUGUGGACAAUUCAAAUGUCAAUAUUCAAGGGAUGAUUAAUGUUGGUGAAUUAGAAAAUUUAUAUAACGCAGCAGGGUCUGAAGUAGAAACUUUCGACCGAGGCCGCCAAAAUCACGAAAAAGAGGUUGAUUCAGAAAUGAGAAUGGGAAACGCAUGUGUUGUAACACAAGCUAGUCUUCAAAAUGAACCUGGCACAAUUGUUUUAGUUUCUGGAAUUGCAAUGAAAGCCACUUUCAAAUAUUUAAGAAAUCAUUAUAAAUAUUUUACUUAUGGAUAUGGACCGGAUGAAACGAAUACAAUGAAAUUUUUUGACAUAGCAAAUGGUAAUAUGUUUGAUAAUCAUGAGGUAUUGGAUUUAUUUACAGGAAUUAACCUGUUUUGUUGGAUGAGUCGAAAAGGAAAUUGUUUGCGUUUAUAUUUCGAAAAUGAUGAAGAUUUAUCUAAUGUAAAGAAUGGAUAA